UGCUUUCAUUUUUGAUCGGGAAAGGCCCUUAAUGGCCGUUCGAACCUCUAUUUUCAGACCACGCUGCUGUAGUGCUGUGUUAAAGCAUCCUGACUCAACACACUACCACUAGAGUUAUUCCAUCGACAAGAAGUAGAAUUGAGUUGACCUAAAAAGUUGCUAAUGAUUGAUGUCUUUUUAGUAUAAUUAUUUGGCCAAGUACAAGAAAAAGUAGUGGCCGAAGGCACCACGUGAUUUAGUACAGUUUUAAUUCCACUUUUCCGUGUUAUCAAAUAUCAAGAUGCUGAGACUACCCAGAGUACUUCGUACUCUAGUGCAAUACCAGCAGCAGCAAUAUUUCGUGCGGUGUAGCUAUGCCAAAGACGUACGUUUUGGUGCUGAAGUAAGAGCUCUUAUGCUGCAAGGAGUAGACAUUUUAGCUGAUGCUGUAGCUGUGACAAUGGGCCCUAAAGGUCGUAACGUAAUUUUGGAACAAAGCUGGGGAAGCCCAAAAAUCACUAAAGAUGGGGUAACUGUUGCCAAAGGUGUUGAGCUCAAAGAUAAAUUCCAGAAUAUAGGUGCAAAGCUCGUUCAAGAUGUGGCUAAUAACACAAAUGAAGAAGCUGGAGACGGUACUACAACAGCAACAGUUCUUGCCAGGGCCAUUGCCAAGGAAGGUUUUGAAAAAAUCAGCAAGGGAGCUAAUCCAAUUGAAAUUAGACGUGGAGUCAUGAUGGCUGUGGAUAAGGUCAUAGAAGAACUAAAACUCUUGAGUAAACCUGUAACUACUCCUGAAGAAAUUGCUCAAGUUGCUACUAUUUCUGCAAAUGGUGAUACUACCAUUGGUAAUCUUAUUUCUGAUGCCAUGAAAAAAGUAGGAAAAGAAGGCGUUAUUACUGUUAAAGAUGGAAAAACAUUACAUGACGAGUUGGAAGUCAUUGAAGGAAUGAAAUUCGAUCGUGGAUACAUUUCUCCUUACUUUAUUAAUUCUUCAAAAGGUGCGAAAGUAGAGUUUCAAGAUGCCUUACUUUUAUUCAGUGAAAAAAAGAUAUCUUCAAUUCAAGCUGUGAUUCCUGCUCUGGAACUUGCUAAUUCGCAACGAAAACCGAUUGUUAUCAUUGCUGAAGAUAUUGACGGUGAGGCACUUUCAACUUUGGUUGUUAACCGUUUAAAAAUUGGUUUACAAGUGGCAGCUGUCAAAGCUCCUGGUUUUGGAGAUAAUAGAAAAGCUACCUUGCAAGAUAUGGCUAUUGCUACUGGUGGUAUUAUUUUCGGAGAUGAUGCCAAUUUAGUAAAGAUUGAAGACAUUCAACUUACUGACUUGGGACAAGUUGGAGAAGUCAUCAUUACAAAGGAUGACACUCUCCUUUUGAAGGGAAAGGGAAAAAAAAGUGAUAUCGAUAGACGAGCUGAUCACCUAAGAGAUCAAAUUGAGAACACUACGUCAGACUACGAAAAAGAAAAACUGCAGGAGCGGUUGGCUAGGCUUGCAUCUGGUGUUGCAGUUUUAAGAGUUGGAGGAAGUAGUGAGGUAGAAGUAAACGAAAAGAAAGACCGUGUUCAUGAUGCUUUGAAUGCCACUCGAGCUGCUGUUGAAGAAGGCAUUGUUCCUGGUGGUGGAACAGCCCUAUUAAAAUGCGCUCCAGCCUUGAAGAUUCUAAAACCAGGAAAUGAUGACCAAAAAACAGGUAUCAAUAUUGUGACGAACGCACUCAAGAUGCCAUGCUUGCAGAUUGCCAAAAAUGCUGGAGUUGAUGGUAGUAUUGUUGUAGCAAAAGUAUCCGAGACUGGACUAGGUUACGACGCCAUGAAUGACGAAUUCGUAAAUAUGAUUGAAAAAGGCAUAAUUGAUCCUACUAAAGUAGUGCGUACUGCUCUGACUGAUGCUGCAGGUGUUGCUUCACUAUUAACGACUGCUGAAGCAGUUGUCACUGAAUUUCCAAAAGAAGAUUCACCCAUCCCUGGGGCUGGAAUGGGUGGAAUGGGUGGAAUGGGUGGAAUGGGUGGGAUGGGUGGAAUGGGUGGCAUGAUGUGAACAAAAAUGUGAAAAGUGUGUAAAGACUCAUUUGACAUAAGCAUGGAUUAUAUCUAAUUCUAAGUUAUAUUUCCAUCUAACAGUAUAUUAGUACCAUUUCUAAUAGUACGUACAUUCUUAAUGUUGCAUUUUAUUAUUGUAAAUGAUUCGCUAUGUUGUAAAAUAAAAUGUUGUAUUAUUAAAGCUUUUUCUAGUUUUAAUAGUUGUACAGAUUAUAUGUUAUAAUAACUUAAGAGUAAUUUUGUACUUUAUCGUAUUAAUUAUGCUGGCCUUCAUCUACAAUUUGAUAUACAAAUAACGUAAUACAAAAGUUAUUAAAAGACUCACUGUAUUUGUAAUUAGACGAAUAAAAACUGAAACUUUUUUUCACUGAA